AUGAAGUCUCUUAUCUCGCUCCUCUGUGCUACACUGGCUUCAGCAGCCAGCCUGAGCAUUACCAUUCUGCCUUCGAUGCACCUGUCCAACCCAGCAAGCCUUCCACCUUCAACCCACGCAGUCCUCACCGGUGCCCCCGGAGUCCGCUACGACACUCCAAUAAGACGAGACAACAGCUUCAAGUUCCCAGAUAUCGCGGGAGAAGCCAGCUAUCUCCUUACAAUCCACAGUCGCGAUCACUUCUUCCCUCCCUUACGAGUAGAUGUCACCAAAGCUGCAGAUGGGACAUAUGCAGAGACGAUCUCAGCGUGGCAGACUUUCCGUGGGAACGAGUGGAGUAACAAGGGCUCACCGUACGGGACGGCGAAUAAUGGUGUGUUGGCGAUACAGAUACAAGCGGCAUCACAGAAGGAGUUCUACCAGACGAGGGGAGGGUUCGAUAUACUAGGUUUCUUGAAGAGCCCUAUGAUUUUGAUGGGAUUGGUGUCGGUGGUGUUCAUUUUUGGUCUGCCGUAUAUUAUGGAUAAUAUGGAUCCAGACACGAAGCAGGAGUUUGAGGAGAUGCAGAAGAAGAGUCCGCUCACGGGAUCGCAAGGAGCAGCGAAUCAGAUGCAGAAUUUCGAUAUUGCUUCUUGGUUAGCUGGCAAGAAAUAA